AUGGCUUCACAGUUUACUCUCUUGAAGGAUAUAGACCCCUCAUCUGAAAAUCAGGUCUAUCAAAUCAAAGUAAGGCUCAUUAAGUCUUGGUCACUAACUUAUUCUGAGCUUAAGUAUCAGAAACCGAUGAUAGAACUGGUCGUGAUGGAUGAAAUGGGAGAUCGUAUUCAAUGUACCAUAAGGAAUCCUCUCAGGAGACUAUUUGAGGGUGACUUAUCUGAUGGCAAAGUAUACAUAAUAUCCAACUUUUCAUUGUCACUAAAUGAUCAGAAGUACAAACCAACAACUCAUUCUCAUCGUAUAUAUUUUAAGAGAGAAACUCAGAUUAGGAUUGUUGAUGAGCCUGGCUUCAUUGAUCAUAGUUUCCAUUUCGUAUCUAAUGAACUGAUACUCAAGCAUUCCAACCCUCAGUCCCACUUAAUUGAUGUUAUUGGCUUGAUUACUGGGAAGGGUGACACGAUUGAGUUUACAAGGAAUGGCAAGAGCUGUGUAUACAUUGUGGUUGAACUUGAUGAUAUGAAGGGUAAUGGUAAAAUUAGGUGUACUCUGUGGGAAGAGUAUGCAAAGAUGUUAGUUAAGCAUAUUGAGGAUCAACCCACAUCUGAGUAUAUAAUAAUAAUUCAAUUUGCAAAGUUCAAUCUCUUCAAGGGUUCAAUGGGUGUAUCUAAUACAAAUUGCAACUCCAUUUUGUACAUCAACGCUGACUUUCCAGAGGUGAAGGAUUUUAGAAAGAGUGUUAUAAUGAUUGGGGUUCCACCUGCAAACCAGCUGUCUCAAUUAUCUGAUGGACCAUCAUACUCUCUUGAGGAUGAUCUUAUUAACCAAACAAAUUUCAAGAACAUAUGUGAUCUUAAGGAAUCCUCUGAGAAUGGUACCUAUGUCACAUAUGGGACUGUUGUUGCUAUUGACUACAAGAGUGGCUGGUGGUACAAGAGUUGCAAGCAUUGUUUCCAUGCUCUAAAGGAAUCUGAGAAUUCAUUCCAUUGUGUUACAUGUGACACAUUCCCAAAUUCUCAUGUUCCUAGAUUCAGUAUAAAUUUAAGAGUUGCUGAUGAAUUAGAUACCGCCUCCUUUAUACUAUACGACAAAGAAGCCAGCAGAUACCUUGGUGUAUCUGCUUCUGAUAUGCGCCUGUCUCAUGUCAACAAGGGAGGUUUAAAGGAUGAAUAUCCUCAGGAGCUCAAUGCUUUCAUUGGCAAGAACUUCAUAUUUAAAAUAUCAGUUAAGAUGGAAGAUAUCAAUGCUUUCCAACCAUGCAGAAUUGUUGUACUUAAGCUUUGUGCUGAUAAUUCAAUCAUCUCAAAAUUUCUUGAUAAACACAAGAUAUAUAAUGAAAAUUUGGUCCAUGAAAAUUCUGAACUUAUUACUAUUCUCUCCGACUCUACUGAAACUCCCAAGCAAACAGGUUCGCCUUCCAUUGAGAUAAUUGGUGAUGAUAAUACUGAAUCAUUUUCGACUCCAAAAAGGGGACUCAUCGAGGCUGCUUCAUGUACCAAAAGUCUUUUUGAUGUUUAUCCAGAUUCUGAGAACCAGUCAUCUACUAAGUCUCGGAAGAUUAUUGUUGAAGAAGUUCAUAAUGUUGCAAAGCUUCAUGAAGAAUAG